GUGUCAUGCACCGGCUCCAGACUUGAGGAACAGGUAACGACAAGCGAUAAAUGCCAACGGUCGUGUACAUCCACACACCACAGACUACCACCGAGCUUGGUCGCCACCUAUCCUUUAUAAUGGUCCGCAUAAUCGGUCCUUCGAUUCUACCAGAUCUUCGCUAACCCAACAUCAUCGACGUCACUCCCGUCCCCUUGCUGCCGACGCGAUGGUAACCCGCGAAGUCGCAUCCUCGACGAUACCUAAACUACGCAUGCGCACCGAGCAUGUCCGCGACGGCAAGGUCGCGCAUCCCACUGGAACGGACGUCCAUAGUCACCCGCCGGACUACGUCAACGCCAAGCACCACAUCGAGUGGUCCCGUAGCACCGUAGACGACAAGAAUCCCAUGAAUCCCCCGGCGAUGACCCCGCCUGGCCCCAGUUACGAACGCCUUCCUCCGUCGCAAAACGAGGGCGCAGGCAAGCAUAACCGCGAGACCGCCUCAUACCGCGGGCCCUCCUACGCCGAGUCGCACGACGAUGACGACUCGAAUAACAGCACGAUCGGUAUCAUGGACACGGUCACUCCCGGGGGCGGGCGUCAGAGCGGUUCUCAUGACUGGAAACGUGACGACGUCGAAACGUCGGGGACCGAAGAGUCCGGGUCGAGCCCUGAAGAUCUGCACAAACCGUCGCCACUGGAAGCGCUCGCUGCGUCCGACGUUCUCCCUCAACCGCAUCGGAACUACAUGCAACCUGACAUCCGGUCCGAGUAAGGAGCUCCCGUCGCGAGUCUCAGCUCGUGCCUCCAGCCUGCGGUUCCGGGCGAGUUCAAGGUCGGCAGUUUUCACGUCUGGACCCUGAGCGCGUCAUUCUCAAAGCGAUUCCGACGGGUCUUCCAUUUCUCGUACGGAUCGAAGGGGCUGCCACCGGCAAUGUACAAUAGAUACUAUGAAAUACACCAUGAUAUAUGAUCCGCCGCGAUGAUGGGUAUAACGAUACAAGCAAUUGCCGUUCGGGGAUUGCAGAUGAAGGUGAACUCAUUGCGAAGUAGAUGAACCUGAAGAAAUCGAAGAGCUACCGGUCACCCUGCGGAAUAGGGUCGAGCGGCGGCGACCUGCGCUCCGCACGAUGUAGACUCGGCGAUACUCCGAAGCGUCUAUGCAAUCGCUGUCCGAGUCCCAGUCGCUCUCGUAUCCUUCGAGGACGUGCCACCGGUUCGAACCCUCGAACUUGAUUCCAAGCGCGAUGUGCUUGGGCGAGGAGGAUAUGCCCAGCGCGGGCACGCGGGCAGGGCUGAACUUGCCGUCGUCGGAAUCGUCAUCGUCCUUGACCGCGCAUCGCAUGAGCGAGCAGCCGGUGAUGCGGCGGCCUCUGACAUCGGCGUCGCGGAUUGCGUACUCGAUGUACGUCUCCGACGUAGAGGAAAGUCCGGCGACCCGGACCUCGAACUCGGAGCCGUCCGAGCACAGGAAUGAGACGGUGUGCGGCGCGUCGGCGGUAGGACCUGGCCGGAUAGAGCGAACGGUCUUGCCGACGAGUUCCGCAGGGUUGACCUCGCGUGCUUGAGAGGCACAGAAGGGGACGCAUUCGGGGGGGAAGGCGGAGGCACCCAUGAUCUUGAUCCUGCGAAUGCGGGGGAGGCGAAGAACUACGGGGACAAAUUCAGUGAAUAUGCAUGAGGGUAGGAAGGCGGUAAAGUUACGGACAAGAUGUGAGGUGCUUGUGCGAGUGGG